CUUUGGGUGCAAAUCCUACAUUGACAUACAUACACCCGCGCCUCUCCUCUCCGAAUAACAACCACAAACACAGCAGCCAUGGGAAAGAGCAAACUGAAAACCGCCCUCAUCCGCCAACUCGGAAAGGAUCCCAUCCAAGACAAGAAACUGCGGGACGCUCGCAAGGCCGGAAACAAGACCAAGAGAAAGCAGGAGGCCGCGGCGGGUAAUAAUGACUGGGAGGAUGAGAACAGCGACGAUGCGCCUGACGCCGUCGAUGUUACUGUUGCCGACCCGGCGGCGUUGAAGGGAAAGACUGUUGUGCAAAAGAGCAGAACUAUGCCCUCCAAGAAGGCGCCGGUUGAGGAAGAGGAGGAUGAGGACGAAGAGGAAGACGACGAGGAGGAGGAAGAAGAGGACGAGGACGAGGAGGAGGACGAGGAGGAGGACGAAGACGACGUAGCCCUCUCCGACAUCGAAGACGAAGGCGACCUCGAGGACGUGAUCCCGCACCAAAAGCUCACGAUCGACAACCACGCGGCAUUGACCAGCCUGCGCAACCGGAUCGCCGUUCCGAUCGCCGGCGUGCCCUUUGUCGAGCACCAAUCUCUGACGGCGCCGGAACUGAUCGAGAUCCCCGACAUCGACGAUGAUCUGCACCGCGAGCUCGCCUUCUACAAGCAGGCGCUCGAGGCUGCCAAGCUGGGUCGCCUACUCCUCAAGCAGGAGAAGGUGCCGUUCGUGAGGCCCGUCGAUUACUUCGCCGAGAUGAUGAAGGACGACGAGCACAUGGGCAAGGUCAAGGGCAAGCUGCUGGAGGAGGCCGAGCGGAAAAAGAGAUCCCAGGAGGCACGGAAACUCCGCGAUCUCAAGAAGUUCGGAAAGCAGGUGCAGGUGGCGAAGCUUCAGGAGCGCGAGAAGGAAAAGAAGAAAUCCAUGGAGAAGAUCCAGAUCCUCAAGCGGAAGAGAGCGGGUACCGACGCCGAGACCACAAAGGAGGAUGACAUGUUCGACAUUGCGCUUGACGAGCAGACCAAGGAUGAGCCGCGCCGCGAAAAGCGCAAGAAGGGCGACCGAAGCAGCGACGACAAGUCUCGCGCAAAGAGGCAAAAGCGGGACAGCAAGUACGGAUUCGGCGGAAAGAAGAAGCACGGCAAGAGCAACGAUGCAUCGUCGAGCGGCGAUCUUGGUGACUUCUCGCAAAAGAAGAACAAGAGCUCGUUCGGCGGCUCAAGUGGUGGAAAAAAGAAGACGGCUUCAAGGCCGGGCAAAGCUAAGAGAGCCGGUGCCAGGCGGUGAUUGUAGCGAGAGAGGAAGUCCAGCUGGAAUCGUGUACAAAAGAAAGCACUUAAUGCGGGUCUGUUUACUACUACCAUGAGGAUCUCAUUGUUCAUUCGUAUCAUGGCA